CCCGGCGGCGCCGCGGGGGCGGGCCCCUGGUGACGCACGCACGUCGAGGCGCUUCUGCCCGGAGCCGCUGAGGCUGCGGGUUUGGCUGCGGCGGCUUCUGUGGCGGCGUCAGGGCCGGCUGCUGGAGGUUGGAGAGACACCCUGAGCCUCCGGAGCGGUGCCGUCUGCCACCAUGGGGGAGCUCUUCCGGAGCGAGGAGAUGACGCUGGCCCAGCUCUUUCUGCAGUCGGAAGCUGCCUACUGCUGCGUCAGUGAGCUGGGGGAGCUCGGCAAGGUCCAGUUCCGUGACUUAAACCCAGAUGUGAAUGUUUUCCAGCGGAAAUUUGUGAAUGAAGUGAGAAGAUGUGAAGAAAUGGACCGGAAGCUUCGAUUUGUUGAGAAAGAAAUAAGGAAAGCUAACAUCCCGAUCCUGGACACUGGAGAGAACCCUGAGGUGCCCUUCCCCAGGGACAUGAUUGACCUGGAGGCCAAUUUUGAGAAGAUUGAAAAUGAACUGAAAGAAAUCAACACAAACCAGGAAGCUCUGAAGAGAAACUUCCUGGAAUUGACUGAAUUAAAAUUUAUACUUCGAAAAACCCAGCAGUUUUUUGAUGAGGCUGAAUUGCAUCAUCAGCAGAUGGCGGAUCCAGACCUGUUGGAAGAAUCCUCAUCCCUCUUGGAGCCAAGCGAGAUGGGACGAGGCACACCUCUGAGACUCGGCUUCGUGGCUGGUGUGAUUAACCGGGAGCGCAUCCCGACUUUCGAGCGCAUGCUGUGGCGGGUGUGCCGGGGCAACGUGUUCCUGCGCCAGGCCGAGAUCGAGAGCCCCCUGGAGGACCCUGUGACUGGCGACUACGUGCACAAGUCUGUGUUUAUCAUUUUCUUCCAAGGCGAUCAGCUGAAAAACAGAGUCAAGAAAAUCUGCGAAGGGUUUCGAGCCUCGCUCUAUCCCUGUCCGGAGACCCCGCAGGAGAGGAAGGAAAUGGCUUCCGGAGUGAACACCAGGAUCGAUGAUCUCCAAAUGGUGCUGAAUCAGACGGAGGAUCACCGCCAGAGGGUCCUGCAGGCCGCGGCUAAGAACAUCCGGGUCUGGUUCAUCAAGGUGCGGAAGAUGAAGGCCAUCUACCACACCCUGAACCUGUGCAACAUAGACGUGACCCAGAAGUGCCUGAUUGCAGAGGUGUGGUGCCCCGUCACCGACCUCGACUCCAUCCAGUUCGCACUCAGAAGGGGCACGGAACACAGUGGCUCCACCGUGCCCUCCAUUCUGAACCGGAUGCAGACAAACCAGACUCCCCCAACCUAUAACAAAACCAACAAGUUCACUUACGGCUUUCAGAACUUGGUCGAUGCUUAUGGAAUUGGAACUUACCGAGAGAUAAAUCCAGCUCCAUAUACCAUCAUCACUUUCCCCUUUCUGUUUGCGGUGAUGUUCGGAGACUUCGGCCAUGGCAUUUUGAUGACCCUUUUUGCAGUGUGGAUGGUGUUGAGGGAGAGCCGGCUCCUCUCCCAGAAGAAUGAGAAUGAGAUGUUUAGCACUGUGUUCAGUGGUCGCUACAUUAUCUUGUUGAUGGGCGUGUUCUCCAUCUACACUGGCCUCAUCUACAAUGAUUGCUUUUCCAAGUCUCUCAACAUCUUUGGGUCAUCCUGGAGUGUGCGACCGAUGUUCACUUUAUCUAACUGGACGGAGGACACCCUUCGGGGGAACCCCGUGCUGCAGCUGAACCCGUCUGUCCCUGGAGUUUUCGGUGGACCGUACCCUUUUGGCAUCGAUCCGAUUUGGAACAUUGCUACCAACAAACUGACCUUCCUCAACUCCUUUAAGAUGAAGAUGUCUGUUAUCCUUGGUAUCAUCCAUAUGCUGUUUGGAGUCAGCCUGAGCCUUUUCAACCACAUCUAUUUCAAGAAGCCCCUGAACAUCUACUUCGGAUUUAUCCCUGAGAUAAUCUUCAUGACCUCUCUGUUUGGCUACUUGGUCAUCCUUAUCUUCUACAAGUGGACAGCCUACGAUGCACACACUUCGGAGCAUGCGCCAAGCCUUCUGAUCCAUUUCAUAAAUAUGUUCCUCUUUUCCUACCCGGACUCUGGCAGCUCGAUGCUGUAUUCUGGACAGAAAGGAAUCCAGUGCUUCCUGGUGGUGGUUGCGCUGCUGUGCGUGCCAUGGAUGCUGCUGUUUAAGCCCCUGGUCCUUCGCCGUCAGUACUUGAGGAGGAAGCACUUGGAAGGGCAACCUGUGGAGGCCCCAGUCAGUCCAACCCCGAGCCAGCAGGGACUAGAGGCAGCAGCGGCUGCAACAGGAACUCUCAACUUUGGUGGGAUCAGGGUGGGCAAUGGACCCACAGAGGAGGAUGCUGAGAUUAUUCAGCAUGACCAGCUCUCCACCCACUCAGAGGACGCGGAAGAGCCUGCCGAGGACGAGGUGUUUGACUUUGGGGACACCAUGGUCCACCAGGCUAUCCACACCAUCGAGUACUGCCUGGGCUGCAUCUCCAACACCGCCUCCUACCUGCGGCUCUGGGCCCUCAGCCUUGCUCAUGCACAGCUGUCUGAGGUGCUUUGGACCAUGGUGAUCCACAUGGGCCUGAGGGUGAAGAGCCUGGCAGGAGGUUUAGCGCUCUUCUUCAUCUUCACCGCCUUUGCCACCCUGACCGUGGCCAUCCUGCUGAUCAUGGAGGGCCUCUCAGCCUUCCUCCACGCCCUGCGGCUGCACUGGGUCGAGUUCCAGAAUAAGUUCUACAGUGGGACUGGGUUCAAGUUCCUACCCUUCUCCUUCGAGCACAUUCGGGAGGGGAAGUUUGAAGAAUGAGCUGCUGGUGGGGCCCUGGGCCCCCCACCAUGGUGAUUGGUUGUGUUCCUUUUGCCUGUUGGUAGUGAUCCCAAGCACCAGGUGUUUAUGUCACCCCUGCCCCCAGCCCCCCAGCUGUCGUGAGCCAUUUAGAUAGAG